AUGGCCCCCAGUGAAAAGAACUUCAAAAGCGACGAUAGCGUCCUCAACCCAGCUAUAAAGUCUCACAUCAAAACUUUGUAUACUGCCCUUGACAGCAAAGAUAUGCAGACUUGGGGUGCUCACUUUGCAGAGGACGCCGAGAUGACUAUGGGACCUUUCACUGUCAAGGGACGAGACAGUCUUAUUGAAGCCGUAACAGGGACUUCGGCCGAUAUCAAGACCCGCGAUCAUACCAUCGACUCGGUGUUUCCAUUCGGUCCUGAUGCAGAUGAGGUGAUGUUGCAUGGAAGCUGUGACAGUGUGACCAAGGAUGACCAAGCCAGUACCUCAACUUGGGCUGCGAUAAUGCAUUUCAAGAGGAGCGGGCAUGAAGAUGUUUUGGUUGACAGAUACACAGUCUUCGUUGUACUUGGAUAA